CCACUCUGACAAUGUCUUCCAUUAAGAUUGAGUGUGUUUUGCAAAUGAACUGCCGGUGCGGUGAGUCUCCAGUGUGGGAGGAAACGUCCAACUCUCUGCUCUUCGUAGAUAUUCCUGCAAAAAAAGUUUGCCGGUGGAAUUCACUUACCAACGAAGUGCAGCAAGUAACCAUGGAUGCCCCCGUCAGCUCUGUGGCCCUUCGCCAGUUGGGAGGCUAUGUCGCCACAGUUGGAACAAAGUUCUGUGCUUUGAACUGGGAAGAUCAGUCAACAGUUGUCCUGGCCACAGUAGAUAAAGACAAGAAAAAUAAUCGAUUCAAUGAUGGGAAGGUGGAUCCUGCUGGGAGAUACUUUGCUGGUACCAUGGCUGAGGAAGUAGCCCCAGCAGUUCUUGAACUGCACCAAGGGUCCCUGUACUCCCUUUUUCCUGACCACCAUGUGGAAAAGUACUUUGACCAGGUGGACAUCUCCAAUGGUUUGGAUUGGUCCCUAGACCACAAAAUCUUCUAUUAUAUCGACAGUCUCUCCUACUCUGUGGAUGCCUUUGACUAUGACCUGCAGACAGGACAGAUAUCCAACCGCCGAAGUGUUUACAAGUUGGAAAAAGAAGAACAAAUCCCGGAUGGAAUGUGUAUAGAUGCUGAGGGGAAGCUUUGGGUGGCCUGUUACAAUGGAGGAAGAGUGAUUCGUUUAGAUCCUGGGACAGGGAAAAGACUCCAAACUGUGAAAUUGCCUGUUGAUAAGACAACUUCAUGCUGCUUUGGAGGGAAGGAUUACUCUGAAAUGUAUGUGACCUGUGCACGGGAUGGAAUGGAUUCUAAGAGUCUCUCGAGGCAGCCUGAAGCUGGUGGGAUUUUCAAGAUAACUGGCCUGGAGGUCAAAGGAAUUUGUCCCUAUCCUUACACAGGAUAA